AAAAAAUUAAACAUAAGAUUUUGUUUUUUUUUUCUCUUUCACUCACGCUUCUCUCGGUGGGCUUUGGAACUCUCAUUGGCGAAAUCUUCUCCUAAUCUCAUCUCUUCUCUUCACUUCUCUUCUUCUGUCUCUCUUUUUGGAUCUGUCUUUUAUUAUUUUCUCAACUUUUCUUGCUUUCCAAACAGAGAAAAAUCGCGGAAAAGAAGUAAUGGUUUACGGUUUAUCUGGUAUACGGUUACCUUGUGUGCCUUCAGUGUACAGGUUCAGUCAGUCAACCUUCAAUGGCGCUCGUAGGAGUAGCAGUUUCUCUCUUUUGUUGAAGAAGGAUCAAGUUUCUCGGAAGAUCUUUGCGCAAAAGUCUUCUUAUGAUUCAGACUCCUCAUCCUUAACCGUUGCAGCAUCUGAGAAAGUGCUUACUCCUGGUGGUCAGGGUGAUGGUUCUCCAUCUUUGACUGGUCAAUUGGAAAGUCCUAGCACUAUUUCAGAUGAUCCACAGGUAACUCAUGAUGUAGAUGGUAAUGAAAUGGAAGAUGAUGGGAAGGUUGAGGUUGAAGAACAGGAAUCUGUUCCAUCUGCACUCGCAAAUAAUGAUGAAAAAGCUUGUGACGAGGCGCCAUCUGUCCCUUUACACAUGAAAAGUACUGAGAAGGGUGAAGCAAAACCAAGAUCCAUUCCCUCUCCUGGUGCAGGACAGAAAAUAUAUAAAAUAGAUCCAAUAUUGUUGGGUUUCCGUGAACAUCUUGAUUACCGGUAUGCACAAUACAAAAGAAUUCGUGAAGCAAUUGAUAAGUAUGAGGGUGGUUUGGAGGUGUUUUCUCGUGGCUAUGAGAAGCUUGGCUUCACACGCAGUGAGACAGGAAUAACUUACAGGGAGUGGGCACCAGGAGCUAAGUCAGCAGCUCUGAUUGGAGAUUUUAACAAUUGGAACGCUAAUGCAGAUAUUAUGAGUCGGAAUGAGUUUGGUGUCUGGGAGAUCUUUUUGCCUAAUAAUGCUGAUGGUUCACCACCAAUUCCCCAUGGUUCUCGUGUGAAGAUUCAUAUGGAAACUCCAUCCGGGAUUAAGGACUCCAUUCCUACUUGGAUCAAGUUCUCUGUUCAAGCACCAGGUGAAAUCCCAUACAAUGGCAUAUACUAUGAUCCGCCAGAAGAGGAAAAGCAUGUAUUCAAACACCCCCAGCCAAAGAGACCAAAAUCACUUAGAAUCUAUGAGUCACAUGUUGGAAUGAGUAGCACGGAGCCAAUAAUUAACACAUAUGCCAACUUUAGAGAUGACGUGCUUCCCCGCAUUAAAAGACUUGGAUAUAAUGCUGUUCAGAUUAUGGCUAUUCAAGAGCACUCAUAUUAUGCUAGCUUUGGGUAUCAUGUGACAAACUUCUUUGCACCAAGCAGCCGCUUUGGAAACCCUGAUGAUCUUAAGUCGCUGAUAGAUAGGGCUCAUGAGUUGGGUCUACUUGUUCUUAUGGAUAUUGUGCACAGCCAUGCAUCUAAUAACGUGUUAGAUGGAUUGAACAUGUUUGAUGGAACUGAUGGUCAUUACUUCCACUUGGGGUCAAGGGGUCACCACUGGAUGUGGGAUUCUCGCCUUUUUAACUAUGGAAGCUGGGAAGUACUAAGGUUUCUUCUUUCAAAUGCAAGAUGGUGGCUGGAAGAAUAUAAGUUUGAUGGUUUCAGAUUUGAUGGUGUGACUUCAAUGAUGUACACCCAUCAUGGGUUGGAGGUAGCAUUUACUGGAAAUUACAAUGAGUACUUCGGAUUUGCAACUGAUGUAGAUGCUGUUGUUUAUUUGAUGCUGGUUAAUGAUAUGAUUCAUGGGCUCUAUCCUGACGCUGUUACCAUUGGUGAAGAUGUCAGUGGAAUGCCUACAUUCUGCCUUCCUGUCCAAGACGGUGGUGUGGGAUUUGAUUACCGUCUGCAAAUGGCCAUUGCUGAUAAAUGGAUUGAAAUUCUUAAGAAGAGGGAUGAAGACUGGAAAAUGGGCGACAUUGUUCACACACUCACCAACAGGAGGUGGUUGGAAAAGUGUGUUGCUUAUGCUGAAAGUCAUGACCAAGCUCUAGUUGGUGACAAAACAUUAGCGUUCUGGUUGAUGGAUAAGGAUAUGUAUGAUUUUAUGGCUUUAGAUAGGCCAAGUACUCCACGUAUAGAUCGUGGGAUAGCAUUACACAAAAUGAUUAGGCUUAUUACCAUGGGACUAGGUGGAGAAGGAUAUUUGAAUUUCAUGGGAAAUGAAUUUGGACAUCCUGAGUGGAUUGAUUUUCCAAGGGGUGAACAGCAUCUUCCUAAUGGUUCUGUAAUUCCUGGGAAUAAUUACAGUUAUGAUAAAUGUCGACGUAGAUUCGAUCUUGGUGAUGCAGACUUUCUGAGGUAUCGUGGGAUGCAAGAAUUUGAUCAGGCAAUGCAGCAUCUUGAAGCGAAGUAUGGUUUCAUGACUUCUGAGCACCAAUAUAUAUCGCGGAAGAAUGAAGGAGAUAGGAUGAUUGUCUUUGAAAGAGGCAACUUAGUUUUCGUGUUCAACUUUCACUGGAAUAACAGCUAUUUUGAUUAUCGAGUGGGCUGCUUAAAGCCAGGAAAGUACAAGAUUGUAUUGGAUUCAGAUGAUCCAUUAUUCAGAGGCUUCAAUAGGCUUGACCAUAAUGCUGAGUACUUCAGCACCGAAGGAUGGUACGAUGACCGGCCUCGUUCCUUCUUAGUGUAUGCUCCAAGUAGAACAGCAGUGGUCUAUGCAUUAGUAGAAGAUGAACCAGAAGCGGUUGGCAAACCAGAACCUGUGCAGAAAAUUGGAACACUGGAAGAAGCAGAAGCUGUGGAAGAAUUGGAACCCAGGAAAGAAUCUGAACCUUUAGAAGGCUAAACUUAUCUGUAUCACAGAUACACGUUAUAUUGGAAAAGUCUGUCUUGAGCAGCUGCCCCACUGGACAAGGUAAUUUUGGCUAUAAAUUAUGGAGAAUAUAUAAUUCCUAGAUCGGGAGUUUCACCGCCCAGGAGAUGAAACGAUCAGAGACAGUGUCGAUUGUCCGUAAAAGGAUGGGCAUGCAAGCAGAAUCCGGAGCAUUAGAAGUCAAUCUUUUGAGCAAUAUAGUCAAUUUUCCCGUGGCUCGCCUGUAAAUGUUUCUGGCUGUAAGAUAAAACAAUUCUAUUUACAGCAAUGUGAGGGUACGCCUGAAUUCGUUUAA